AUGCGUACUUUUCCUCCACGACGCGCGAAUAUCCCGUUUUUCUAAAAUGGUGGCGUGUGGUCGUGGAAACUGCCGGUUGUUUUAAGAGCUGUAAUACCACAACUUAGUCGCCCGGUUAUAAACUACAGGACUAUUUGUUAACAUUCUCGUGGCUUGUCAAAAACAAGAUCUGUGAUGGCAAAGCGGAUUGCUGAGAAAGAGCUCACAGACAGGAACUGGGAUCAGGAAGAUGAAGGAGAAGAGCACGAGUUCUAUGAACGUCGGUCGUUGACCUUCGAUGCAGGAAUGUUUUCAGUUGCGAGUGAGGAAGUGAUGAAAAACCGGGCCAUUAAGAAAGCCAAACGUCGAAAUCUUGGCACGGAGGGAGAGACUGGAGGAGCUUUUAAAAGCUUUAAGGGUUUCUCUCUGACCCCAUCGGCUCCGGCGGCUGGAGGAACGUUCUCCGCAUUUGGGAACGGAGCUGGAUUUAAACCCCUCUCUUCUUUGACCAAUGGCAGUGCUGCAUCUGUCACCCCAACCUUUGGGAGUUUCACCUCCCCUGCCACGGCCAAGGCGAACACCGGCUCCUCAUCAUCCAAUGGCCCAACCUCCUCCUCCUCCUUAGACAGUGGUGACAUCAUGGCCAACGGCUCCGCCCCCAGCCUGCCCGCGAUCUCUGGAGGAGGCAGCAGCAGUAAGGAGUACAACCGGCAGCUCACAGCUCUCAACUGCUCCGUGCGUGACUGGAUCACCAAGCAUGUGAACGACAACCCGCUGUGCGACCUCAACCCCAUCUUCCGCGACUACGAGCGGCACCUGGCCACCAUCGAGAGCAAGUACGGCAGCGGCGCAGCAGCAGGGGAGGAGCAGCAGCCGGGGAAACAGGCAAACACCACCACAAACACACCAUCGUCCUCCUCCAGCAGUAACGUUACACCGGCUGCUCCUGCUUUGUUCUCCUUCACCAAGAACAAGGACAGUGCCGCUCCUGAGAAAAGCUCCAUUCCUGCAGGCGUUACUUUCAAUUUUGGCCAGAAGGUGGACAGCUCCGUGCUGAGCUCUCUCAAGUCCGCAGGGGCUUCUGGGUUUUCGUUUUCUUCCACCUCCACCUCCACGUCCACCACGUCUCUGUUCGGUGCGGCGAGCACCGGCACUUCUCCAGGCACCUUCUCUUUCACUGCAGCCAAGACUGAGGCAGCCAGCAACAGCCAGGCAGCAGAUGAGAAUGGAGCAGAUGAAGAAUCAGACGAGCCACCAGUACCUGUAGUCAGAGAAAUCAAGGAGAAAGAUGCCUUCUACUCUAAAAAGUGCAAAUUGUUCUAUAAAAAGGAAAACGAGUUCAAGGAGAAAGGGGUCGGUACGCUGCAUUUGAAACUGGUUUCCGAGGGCAAGCUGCAGCUCCUGAUCCGCGCGGACACAAACCUGGGUAACAUCCUGCUGAAUAUCAUGGUUCACUCCUCCAUGCCGUGCUCACGGACAGGGAAAAACAACGUCAUGGUGGUGUGUGUGCCAAAUCCCCCAGUGGACGACAAGAACCCCAGCACUCCUGUACCGAUGCUGAUCCGUGUUAAAACGGCAGAGGAUGCUGAUGAACUGCACAAACUUCUGCAGGAGAAGAAAGCGUGAGCUCCCUCCUCCCUGUAACAGAAUUCCCCCCACACACACACACACACCCACUCCCGAUAACGUACAUGUCCUGUUUUGCCUGAAUGUGGUUUGCACGGCUGUAUGACAUCACACACACCUGACUCAUGCUUAUUCUUGUCCAUUUGAGCAGUCUUGACCUGCAUGCCAGCACACACCCUUUGUGAGCAUUGGCAACAAAUCGGUUCAGAUACUGUGAAAUCCUUUGUAUAAAUGCUGGUUGAAUUUGAUGGUUGUUUUUGAAUUUAAACAGUUCAUACUGGUUACACCCUAAAGUAAAGUGAAGAUACGGGCUGUCGAAAGCCUGCAUUCUCAACAUUCCGUCAGGUUUUCAUUUUGCUGCUAUUAUUAAACAGAUAAGGGUGAAGCUGAGGAACUCUUUUUACUCAUCUAUGAAUGUGUGCAGAUUAAAUUAAUUAGAUUUAAAAUAUGAAUUCGAGUUCAGCUUUGUACUUGGACCUUCCUGAUAAAAAAGGAAGUUAAUUUAGGGAGGAAUUAAAAAGUAUUUGACUGGCUUCAUGCCUCUUCUUCCCAGAAAGAGAAUAAACGUGUAUGGGAAAUUUAUAAACUACAAAGAAACCUUUAUUUUCUUAAAAUUUUAAGUAUUUUUUGCCAAUUAUUUGAUCGGAGGCAUGCAGGCAACUAGAUGUUAAUGUUUUAGCUUGUUUGAGGCCUGAAUAAAGUAUUUGUUUUUAUGUUUUGCUCAA